UCUUGCAUGUGUCCGUAGGGCUCUCUUUCUCUGUCUCUCCACACACACGCGCGCACGUACCACCUACCCGCCCACCGGGCGGGCCGGGCUGUGGCACGGGCAGGGAGAUGCGGCCGGCGGGGCAGUAGCUUCCCAUGCUUCCCUGCAGGGCAGCGGCCGCCCGGCAAGCAGUGGCAGCAGCGGCAGCGCCACAGGGCAGAGCCCCGCGGCCGGCGCGCGCGCGGAGCGGCGGCGAUCGCCAACGGCCGCCCCCGGCGCAACGGCCGGGACGGCGCGCGGGCGGCGGCGCGGGAUGCGCUCCGCCUGCCUCCUAGGGCGGUGAGGUCCGCCGCCAGCGGAGGGAGGAGAGCCUCGUCCGACGAGACGCUUCGCUUGGGCUCCGCGCCGCCGCCAGCCGCCGGGCGGGCUGAGGACGGGGGACGCGGACCCGCCGGGGAGCCCCCUCCUCUGCCUGCGCCUGGCUUGCCCCGGCGUUGCCUCUCGCUCUUUGUACAAACCCUCGCGGUUACUAAUCCCUUGGCUCCCAGAUGGCCAAUUCACUGAACGGCCGGAACCCUCGCAAGGGGCGGAUUCUGGGAUUCAUUGAUGCCAUCCAGGAUGCUGUGGGCCCACCUAAGCAGGCAGCUGCCGACCGCAGGACUGUGGAGAAGACUUGGAAGCUUAUGGAUAAAGUGGUAAGACUGUGCCAAAACCCAAAGCUUCAACUGAAAAACAGUCCACCUUACAUACUUGACAUUUUACCAGACACUUACCAACAUUUGAGACUUAUACUGAGCAAAUAUGAUGACAACCAGAAACUUGCACAACUCAGUGAGAAUGAGUAUUUUAAAAUCUACAUUGACAGUCUUAUGAAAAAAUCAAAACGGGCUAUAAGACUCUUCAAAGAAGGAAAGGAGAGAAUGUAUGAGGAGCAGUCACAGGACAGGAGAAACCUAACAAAGCUGUCCCUCAUCUUCAGCCACAUGCUAGCAGAAAUCAAGGCUAUUUUUCCAAAUGGCCAAUUCCAGGGUGAUAACUUCCGUAUCACAAAAGCAGAUGCUGCAGAUUUCUGGAGAAAAUUCUUUGGAGACAAAACUAUAGUGCCAUGGAAAUUGUUCAGGCAGUGCCUUCAUGAAGUUCAUCAAAUAAGCUCCGGUUUGGAAGCAAUGGCCCUUAAGUCUACUAUUGACUUGACCUGCAAUGACUACAUUUCAAUUUUUGAGUUUGAUAUCUUCACUAGACUGUUUCAGCCUUGGGGUUCAAUCUUACGGAACUGGAACUUUCUAGCUGUGACACAUCCUGGAUAUAUGGCGUUCCUGACAUACGAUGAAGUCAAAGCGAGGUUACAGAAAUACAGCACUAAGCCUGGGAGCUACAUUUUCAGACUGAGUUGCACUCGCCUAGGACAGUGGGCCAUUGGAUAUGUGACUGGUGAUGGGAACAUUUUGCAGACCAUACCUCACAAUAAGCCUCUGUUUCAAGCUUUGAUUGAUGGCAGUCGGGAAGGAUUCUAUUUGUUCCCAGAUGGACGAAGUUAUAACCCUGAUUUGACAGGAUUAUGUGAACCCACACCACACGAUCACAUAAAAGUCACACAGGAGCAGUAUGAAUUGUACUGUGAAAUGGGUUCUACUUUUCAGCUGUGUAAAAUCUGUGCAGAAAAUGAUAAGGAUGUGAAGAUUGAGCCUUGUGGGCACCUCAUGUGCACUUCUUGUCUUACAGCAUGGCAGGAGUCUGAUGGCCAAGGCUGUCCUUUCUGCCGCUGUGAAAUCAAAGGAACUGAACCAAUUAUUGUGGAUCCCUUUGAUCCAAGGGAUGAAAACUCCAGGUGCUGCAGUAUUAUUGAUAGCUUUAGUAUGCCCAUGUUGGACUUGGAUGACGAUGAUGACAGAGAAGAAUCUUUAAUGAUGAAUCGUUUGGCUUCUGUCCGAAAGUGCAAUGAGAGACAGAAUUCACCAGUGACAUCUCCAGGAUCUUCCCCGCUUGCACAAAGAAGAAAACCACUUCCAGACCCCCUGCAAAUCCCACAUCUUAGUCUUCCACCUGUACCUCCUCGUCUGGAUCUUAUUCAGAAGGGAGUAGCACGAUCACCAUGUGCCAGCCCAACUGGAUCACCAAAGUCUUCUCCUUGUAUGGUGAGGAAACAAGACAAACCUUUGCCAGCACCUCCACCUCCCUUGAGAGAUCCUCCACCGCCUCCCCCGGAAAGACCCCCUCCAAUUCCACCAGACAACAGACUAAGCAGACAUCUGCAUCAUCCAGAAAGUGUGCCUUCCAGAGACCAGCCGAUACCCCUUGAAGGCUGGUGCCCCAGAGAUGUGUUUGGGACAAGUCAGUUAGUAGGAUGUCGAAUAGGGAGUGAUGCUUCCCCCAAACCAGGACUGACAGCAAUUUCAAACAUAAAUGGAAGGCACAACCGCAUAAGUUCUGAGACAGGAUUUAUGAGAAAACACAGACGUCACGAAUUGCCUGCAGAAAGUGCCAAGGUAUUUUCAAAUGGUCAUCUGGUAAAUGAAGAGUAUGAUGUCCCUCCACGGCUUUCACCCCCUCUUCCAGCUGCCUCCAUCAUGCCUAGUAUAAAGUGCCCUGUUCCUCUAGCAAAUUCACUCUCUGAUAAAUCGAGAGACCACACAGAUGAUGAUGAUGAAUACAAAGUUCCUUCUUCCCAUCCUGUAACACUGAGCUCACAACCACCUCAUUGUCAUAAUAUAAAACCUCUUGCUCGGGUGUGUGAGAAUGGUCAAUGCGCUGGAAUAACGAAUGGAACACACAAUGCUGCUUCUGAGACGAAGAAAUCAAAACACCCAGACUUAGGAGAUGUCUAUGACGCACCUACUGUUCCGGUACCUUUGCCACCUGCACGACCUCCUACCAGAGACAACCCAAAACACAGCUCUUUGCUCAACAGGACACCCUCCGAUUAUGAUCUUCUGGUGCCCCCUUUAGGUGAAGAUACCUUUGAUAGCUCGCCACCUUCACUUCCACCACCACCACCACCUGCUCGUCACAGCAUUACUGAGCACACAAAACCUGCUGGUUCAGGAAGCCGACCUCCUUCAGGACAUGAACUGUUCCUUCAUCCUCCUGAUCCCCAUUUUGAUCCAAUAACUGGUCCUGUCCCUUUGCCACCUGCUCGUAGAGUAACUGGAGAAAACGUCAAAACAAAUAGGACUUCUCAAGACUAUGAUCAACUUCCUUCCUCUUCAGAUGGUUCACAAGCACCAGCCAGGCCCCCUAAACCACUUCCUCGGAGGACUGCACCAGAAAUGCAUCACAGGAAAGCGUACAGCUCUGACAAUUCUACGGAAAAUGUGGAUGCAAAAAUUGCAAAACUUAUGGGAGAGGGCUAUUCCUUUGAAGAAGUCAAGAGGGCACUUGAAAUAGCCCAGAAUAAUGUUGACGUGGCCCGUAGUAUUUUAAGAGAGUUUGUCUGCUUUCCUCCACCAGUCUCCCCACGUCUCAAUCUAUAGCAGCAUGAAGAUUUUCUUGAAGCAUGUGAAUUCUACAUAUACGUGUGCGGAUUGGGGAAUGAGAGAAAGAAGAGAAAGAGAAUGUUUUUCUCUCAUUAUUAGUAGGAGGGUGUCUGUUUCCAGCAGUUUAUCAAAGGAUCAUGGCUGCUCUGAUCAAGACUUAUAAAUAUGCUGAGGCUUAUGUAUUUUUGCUAGCCAUACUUUUUUAAAUCAGGGUUGAACUGACAAAAUAAUUUAAAGAAGUUUACUUCCCUAGAACUUUUAAUCUGUGAAAUGCUUUUUCUUGUUUACAAGUUGGCAAGUUACAGUUUUCUAGAUGACGUCUGUACUGUGUUUCUGUUCAUAUUCCCUUGUACUUGUGGUCAGUUCUGCUGUAGCAUUCACAACAAUUUCCAUGCUGACCACCCCAUCAACUUAAUCAUCACUUUCUAGAAGCUCUGUAUUUGUUUUUUUCUCUUACAAGAUGCUUUACUUGUUUUUGCAUUUCAGCUCAUCAAACAAAUGCAAAAAGUAUGUGGCCUUCACUACUGAAUUUUUUUAUUUUCUUCUGAGAUUCAUUUGCUUCUAAGAGAGGAAAAAUCUGAAUGUAAAAUGCAUUAUUCUGUCUACGAACUGCCUUUUUAAAGGUAUUUUGACAGUAAUGUUGGGCAGCUUUCUGUUUAACAUGAAUUCCAUGACCUAUAAUCCUCAAGGUCUUUUAUCCACAGUUUCCACAAUUAAGGACAAACAAGAAAUCCCAACCUACAAAUAAAACAGUUCAUGCAGCCAUGAUACAAUGUCAUGACAUGUAAAAGCUCUUUAAAAUUUGAUUAUUUGAUCUUAAAUGUUCAAAAAAGCCAAAUGCACAUGAUAAUACUGUGUUCCGAUUACACACCAAGGGCACAGUUCUCCAUGCCUUACGUAGUCUGAGGCAUGCCAGACUAGAAGGAAUCUUUUUGAAUCUUUUUAAUGGUAUUCAGGUAAAUUCCAGUUGUAGUUUCUGCAAAGAGGAAUUUGGUUAAUUUUUUGUUUGAGUGAUUAUCCUGUGGUUCAUUGUGGCUUGGAUCAGUUUGUAUUAACAUGGAAACUUUAAAUCUUUGAUGCACUGUUAAGUCCUAAUGCUACUGUAGCAAUAUUUUUUGCAAAGCUCUUUAAUAAUCUCCUCUGUACAUGUUAUUGUGCUUGAGUAUGUGUUUAAUACCCAAAUUCACUCAUUCACUUCCCAGCUGCCUAGUUGGAAAUAUAUUUCUUUGCUGUAGAUGGUAGUGAGGCUCUGAGGUUUUAUUUUAAAGCCCACAUUAAUGCAAGCCAAAUUAAAAAUUUUUCUAAUUUUAAGUCUGUUUUAGUACACUCAAAAGUUAAGAGUCGAAAUAAUUCCGGAAUAAUUCUUAUGAUUGCUGCUUUCCUGUUUUUAUAGGAAAAUUUGAAAUCAUCUUUUCCUUUAUUACUUUUCAAAAGAUAAACCAGGUGGUAGAUAGAAUAGUUUCCACAUUUUGAAAUGUGACCAGUAUCUGAGAACGUCUACAUUGUGCAAAACUGGGUAUGAGAUAUAUAUUUAUUGUUCUUCACUCAUAGCAAGUAGUUAUAGUUGCACCACUUGCAGGGUAAGAUCUCAGCAGCCAGUGCAUUUGUUUUAAAGAUUUAAAGACAGCAAAUACCUGAAGUACAGAAUUCAAAGUAACUGAGAACACCCAGUGGAAAUUGCUGUUAUAUCUCAAAGUCCAUCACUUCAUCAAAGAGCUUAUUCUUAAAAAAAAAAAAAAAAAAAAAAAAAAAAAAAAAAUUCACAGCAAUGUGAAGCACAUUAUGUCUAUCAUUAAUCUGCUUUGGUCCAGUGAUGAAAGAUGAUUAGGAGAAUUCAGGCAAAUAGGAAUUUCUCAUAGGAAAGAGUUUCUGUUCCAUUUUGAUUUAAGCAAGUGAUUCUGAGUUUGGUCUAGAAAAGGGCAUUUGCAACUUCCUUUAAAUGUUCAUUCCUUGAGUAGAGCUUACGAAAAGUUUUGAUUGAAGUUAUACUCUGUGCUUUUAGUUUGAGUAAAUCUUUUUCUUCUGUUUUGAGGGAAAAUACUACGCUGUCUUGAGCUCUUGUGUUCAUUUGGUUUGUUUACUGCAUCAUAUUGAUAACGCUGUAGCAUUUUAGCUAAUGACAAAUUCAGAAUGAUGCAUGCUGUUAAACACUGAGGUUGUACUGGAAUUACUUAAGUGUGGUUCUAGCAUAACUGGCAGCAUAGCAAUGAUGACAGUAAACAACGCUAUACAAGGACGAGCAAACCAUCUGCAGACUGAGUUUUGAAAUUAUGUAUUUUAAUGGAUAACUGCCAUAUUGUCUCUCAUUUUCUCAAUUUUAUGCUGCAGCUUAGUAUAAAUGACACCUCUGUUUCAAUUAGAAGCUGGAACUGUUGCUUGAUAGAGGAUUUUAAAGGAUCGAGGAUAAGGAUUUUAAAUCAUUUGAUUCUCCUUUCUGGUUGUGAUCAUCAGCAACAUACCUUUUUUUUUCAUAUCUGCUUAAAAAACUUGAUGAACAGUAUCCUCAGUGGUAACUUUGAGUUGCAUUAAUCUUCAAAUGAGCAUAAUCAUCACACUUUUAAAUAGUGGAAUGUGAAGGCUAUUUCAAACCUGUUUGGGUUAAUAGAUUUAAAGUCAAACAGAGUGAAACUGCUUUGCUAGAGUGUUGAUGUUUACUAUGCAGGAAUUAAUGGGCUUAAAAGAAAUUAAUCUGGCCACAGUCUAGUUGUAUGAAAAAUAUUUUAACCUUCUAAAGACUAAAGGUUUGAACCUGCCCAUGUGUUAUGCACAUAUACAACUUUAAGCAAGAAUGACUUUAGUGGGAGUUCUUGGAUGAACAAAGUUGAUUAAACUCAGAAACACAUUUGCUAUCAUGAUGAAGGCUACAGGCAUAUUUCCUCCAAUUAAAUGUCAUUACAGGCUUUAGAUCAUCAUUGUGAUGUCUGUGGGCCUCACCUUUUAUCUCGUCCUGACUAAAUUACUGCAUUUUAAGCAAAUUGACUGAAUCAGAAUUUAAGCAAAAUAAGUGAACAUCAGCAGCAUGGAUCCUUUCCAAAGACUCUAAGUAGGAAAAAAAUGAAAUUGUGCUAAAAUAAAUGAAUCGAAUAUGAUUAGCCGUGUUAAUGGCUUGGCUGGAACCCUAAAAUGGCCACUGGUAAAAUCUGUUAAUGUUUUGUAUCUGAACAGUGCAUCUGGCAUAGACUUUUUUCAUAAUGUGAAUUUAGGAAGUUUUGUACCAGGAUCAUUUUUUUCAAUUACACUUCUCAAAUUUUCAGCUUGAAGCUUUACUUUGCACUGACCUACAAGCAUUUAAAUUUGUGUCUUAAAGCUGGACAAAUUUGGAAGCAUAUAAACAAAGUAUUUUAAGCAGAUUCAGGUACUGCCUGUUGACCUGGAAUUUAGUGCUUUAGGAAUGACUUCUUGAAAAAGGACUUCAAUAGUUUCCAUUUUGAAGGAUUUUCUUCCAAAUGACUAUUUUAUCUGAAAAUGCCUUUUAUAAACUUGUCUAACAUGUGGCAGACUUAGUGAUGUGUUCAAUUAAUUUAUAUUUUAUUCCACAUUCUUUUUCAAUUCUGGUUAUUAUGUAAGCUCAAGUUCUUUAUCUGUUCUUGUAAGGUAUUUUAUAAAAUUAAUGCUAACAGAA